AUAAUAAUACAAAUGAGCUGAAUGUCAUCUUUAACCGGAAUCUAAUCAUAAAUGUCAAUUGUUAUUCACCAUUAAAAAUGCAAAUCAAUCAAAUGUUACAUCAUUUAACAUGUAAUCUUAACCACCUACACCAGAUGAUUAUUAUUGUAUUAGAUAUUAUGAACUAGUCAUGAAGAAAAGUCUUUAAAAAAUCAAUUGAAUUCUGAGAUUUGGAAAACAUGAAGGUAGAAGAUAAAUAAUCUCUCUCGAUUUUUCCUGAAUAAGAGAUUCGAAUACUAAUCUGAAUUAUUUACCUGAUUCUUUUUUGAUGAGUUUCCUGUUAUAAGAUAAUCAAAAUACUUGCGAUUCCAUGGAAAAGAUAAGUUGAUGGUAAGUACGGAAAUAGGAAAGUUUCACCUUCGACCCACAUCCUGAGACUCUAAGGUAAUAAUAUUUGACCAUCAUUAGAAAUAUUGAUUGAUUUCUGAUAUUUUUUUCUGACCUUCUCACAAAAUUCUGAUCAUUAUUCAUCAUUCUCCGAGUCUUGAAGCAUCAUGAUGAUAAUGAUGACAAUCCAAUAAUCUUUUAUUGCAAUAUACAAAAAAUAAAGGUAAUUCAGAUUUCUUGAAAGUGCCAAUAACAAUACUAAACUCCCACUCGACCUAUUUUUUUGUUUCCUCUUUACCCUGACAAUUUAUUGAGAUUUCACUUUUGUAUGUUACCUUUAUCAUGAUGAUUGUCAUGGAUGAUAUUUAGAUGAUGAUGGUCUUGGUGAUUUAUCAGAAAUUGUCAAUGAAAUUGUGAAAUACAUUUUGUUUUUCCACCUUUUAAAUUGCUACAAAUUGGUAACUGUUUCUGUUAACCAGCCCGAUAAAUAAAUACAUGAUGAUGAUAAUACCGUUAUCUCAAUUCUGGAAUCCAUGUUGAAUUCAUAAUGUGUUUGCUAUUAAGUGACAAUUAUUUUUUUUUUCCUUUUUCUCACUUGAUUUCUUGUCACUUUAUCAUCGCCCACUGAAUAUCAUGAAAAUUGAGUCAAAAACGGAAAGGAAAUAAUAAUAACAUGAAAUAAACAGAUUCACUCGUAAGAAAAGAGAGAUGAUAAGAAGAGUGAGAAGAAAACAAUGAAUUCUCUUUGGAAGAUAAAAAGAUGAAGAUGUUUUCUAAUAUCCUCCGUAUCUCUCUCUCUCUCACUCCCUGUCAUCUUCUUUUCAGAAUCAUACUGAAUUUUCUUGAGAAUCACUUUCAAUCUUUCUCUAGUCUAUUACUAUUAUUUUCCUUUGUUCAUGUCUAUUACCUCCUCUCUCUCUCUCUCUCACUCACUCCAUCAUCAUUAUCAUCACUUUUUCUCCUCCAUGAACAUGUUCACAAGUGAACAGAAUCCAUUCAGUUAUUUAUACUCACUCAGUUUCCAUUUACAAUACAGUUGAACCAGAAUUUCGUUCACUAAUAACUUUCAACUUUUUACCUCUUUUCAUGGUGAAUCUCUGAGUAUACACCAAGAAAAUUUAUCUUAUUUGUUUCUUUCUACAAACUUUGAUAAACAGUUCAUCAAAUUCAUCAGGAUUGAUUGUGGACAAUAAAAAAAAAAAAGUUCUUCUAAAAGUUUCAUGUUGUCUGAAGUAAAUUGAACUUAUCACAUUCAACUCAAUCUCGGAUCAAAUGGAGAUGGAUCAAAAUUGUCUGGAUUAAGUAUCAACAAGUUGAUUUAAUCUGAUUUCAAAUUGACUCUCAUUCUCACCUUAUUUAAUUUCAAUUUCCUUGACCAUUCAAGUUAAUCAGAUUUAACGUUAAUCUUAUUUUCACACCUUAGAAUCUUGAAUUUGACAAAAUGUCUCAAUUUUAUUCUCAUUGAUUUCACUUUUCUUCAAUGGAAUCAAAAGAUUAACUGAACUAAUUGAUUUCUACAUUCAUAAUCCUCGAUUCAAUCUUUUUGUAUGGAAAUUCAUCUAGACGGAUUAUCAUCCUCACCCAUUUUUCACACCUCAUGGAAUCGAUCAUCAAUUUUUCCAUCAUCUUCAAUUCUAGUACCAAUGUCAUCAAGUGGACUUGACGCAUCUUCAGCAGCCUCACGAAUCGGGAGUCUCGAACUGUCCAUGAAUAGUAAUAAUAAUAAUAAUAAUUUAAGUUCACUUUAUGGUUAUGAAAGUGGUAACAAUGUAGUGACCAGUAUAUCGGACACGGAAAUAUCAUCAACAGAUAAAGAGGUUCAUAUACUUGAAUUCAUUGAAUCUCAGACCAAUUAUCGUGAAACCAGUGUUAUCGUUAUCUCCACCCUGUACCUUAUCCUUUUCCUCAUCGGUGGACUGGGCAAUGCUUGUAUAAUCUAUUGGCAUGUGGACACCAGGUCAACAUAUUAUCAAAGGACAACUUCAAAUCUAUUGGUCAUCAAUCUUUGUAUCUCUGAUUUAUUGGUCAUCCUUUUUUGCUGUCCCUUUGUGGCCUACGUUAAGAACACUUCAAUCUGGAGAUUCGGUGAGACAGCAUGUACAGUAGUUCAUUAUUUACAAGGAGUUGCUAUUACAUCAACAACUCUCUCAAUGACUGCCCUUUCCUUUGGACGUUACUUUCUAAUGCAGAGAAGUGACCUUGCCUCCAUGCGGAAAUUGGCCCCGCUCAACGGUCUUUUCCUGUGUAUCGUUUGGUUUGCCUCGACUUUACUUCCUGUACCAAUACUUUUUGUCCGUAAACUUAAACGAGUUCAACUAUUGGACUAUUCAUUUUCCUUUUGCCUUGAAAUUUGGCCCAGUGAUACACAUAAGAAACUUUUCUCAAUAAUUACCUUUAUAAUUGUCUAUCUGAUUCCCUGUACCAUUCUUGUCUAUUGUCAUACUCGUGUUUCCCUUGCACUUGUAAUAUCUAAUCGUGAACUUGCCGCUCGAAGAGGAACAACCAAUCUAAGAGAUUCGUCCAGAAAGAAAGCCUUCCGGGUUAAAUCAUCAACAACCAUAUCAUCUGAUUCAACGACAAUUGAUAAUCUGGAAAUAUUAACCAAUCCGGAAAUAAAUGCGCAAAAAAAGAUGACCAUUAAUCGUCGGCAUCUUUCACGAUUUUUAAUCUCAAUUACAAUGGUUUUCGUUUUCUGCUGGUUGCCUUAUAAUGUAACCUCGUUUUAUCUUGACCUAACAGAAUCUUCCCUUGCACUUUACAUGUUGCCUUUCACCCUUGUCCUGGGUCAUUCUCAUUCUGCCAUUAAUCCAAUCGUCUAUUGGGCUCUAAUCAGAACGGAACGAGAAAAGCGACUUCGAGCCAUCGAAUUAAGAUCAAUUAUGGUUCAAUUGUCACAUAACAGUGUUAACGAACGUAAUGCCAAAUCCAAUCAUAGUAAUACAAUCAACAGUACCGAUAGAGGUGCCGGUUGUGGGGAUAGAAAAGGAAAUAGAUCAGAAUCCAAAUUGGAUACAACACUUUCGAGCUGUUCAAGUUAUCGAUACUGUGUCCGGUACUAGAAUUGGGCCAAUCGGAAACAAUAAAUCUCGUCCUAAUUAAAUGUUUCAAUCCCAUUGAAUUCUUGAAAAAAUUCAUAUAACAGAUUUAAAUUUAUCGAGCUUUUAAAAACAAAUUGAUAAUAAAUCAUGACACAAAUGAAAAUGAUACGAAAAAAACAAUUAAAUUAAAACUUAAAGGUGAAUAUAAAGUUAAUUGUACUAUUCAAAUAUUAUUACAAUCUAAACUGUUAAAAUAUCUCAUGUAAAUACUGAUAUAGUUAAUUAUAUUUGAUGCAAUUGUAAUGAUAAUCAAUGUAUUAACAUGGAAAGUUAAUUGUAAUGAGAAAACGAGAAUUACAAUUCUCAACUAAUUGAUUUUGUUGAUACUUUUCAAUGAAAACUUCAAUUUGUAAAAAAGUUUCAUGACAAUGAAACUCGAGUAAGAAUUAUCCUCUCUAUCAUCAUUAUCUUCAUCAUCACCUUGAAACAGAUGAGUAGGAAGCGGAAACUGUGACAACUGAAGAGGAUUGAAGGAGUUCAGGGGUAGAAGGAAAAUGUUCCCCUGAAGAUGAAAAAAUUCAUCUUCGAUUCAAUCCAAUGAAAGAAUAAAUAUUUCUCAUCCAAUUUGCUCCUUCUC